GUUAAUCAAUCAAGAAGCUAAAAAGCUAUGGGAAAUUACAACACAAUACAAGGUGGUAAAGGGUACGUGAAAAGAUCAAAGAGGAAGAAACUAGCCAUUGAUGAUUCUCUCAACAAACAAGUUCCAACCCAUGAUGGAAUAAAGUCUGUAAUGGCUGAUAAUCUCUGCAAUUUCUCCACAAAUUCCGACCUUUGCAUUUGCAUGGUCACUUGGAACAUGAAUGGACGGGUCUCGUAUGAAGAUCUGGUGGAGCUGUUUGGGAACAACCGUGGGUUCGAUUUACUUGUGGUUGGCUUGCAAGAAGUGCCUAGCAAGGACCUUGCAAGAUUAUUGCAGGAUGCUCUAGUUGAUACUCACGAAUUGUUGGGGGUGGCAACUAUGCAGUCUCUGCAACUAUAUGUGUUUGGAACGAAGAAUUCAUACAUGUUCGUCGAAGAAAUGAAGGUGGAUAAGCAUGGUGUAGGAGGGUGUGGAGGAAUGAGGAGAAGAAAGAAAGGGGCAGUGGCAAUCAGUAUCAAUUACAAAGGACUCAAGUUGGUGUUUAUCACUUGUCAUCUCUCUGCUCAUGCUCGGAACGUAGAAGAGAGAAAUUCACAGUGCCGGCACAUAUCGCACUCUCUGUUUUCCAAGUACUGCAACAACCCUUACACCACCCCCGCACACAUCACCGUAUGGUUGGGCGACCUCAAUUACAGGCUCCAAGGCAUCAACACCCACCCCGCCCGGAACUUAAUACACAGAAACCUUCACAAACUGCUGAGAAGCAAAGAUCAGCUCCUUCAAGAGGCUGAAAGUGGGCAGAUUUUCAAUGGAUAUUGUGAGGGAAAACUCGCCUUCAAACCAACUUACAAAUACAAUAUAGGCAGCAGCAAUUAUGAUACAAGUUACAAGGUUCGAGUUCCAGCAUGGACAGAUCGAAUCUUGUUCAAGAUCGAAGAUCCAAAUAAAAUUACAGCAAAUUUACAUUGUUACGAGUCGGUUGAUGACAUUUAUAGUUCGGACCAUAAGCCAGUAAGGGCCCACCUUUGUCUCAAAGUCCACAAAUAGCAUGUGAUCAAAGUCCUUGACCAAAAUAUAUCCCUCAACCUUUUGAAAUUAAUUGUAAAACACACAAUUACCAUUGCAUAAUUAAUUUAGUCAAAAAUCAAAUGUGUAGUUAACUUCCAAGCUAGAAUUUUUACCCCUAUGAACAAUAUAAAUAUGUAAAAAGAAUGCCAUGGUAAUUACAGUUUUUGUCCCUCAUAUUUUUUGUUUA